CAGCCACUUCCACACCCUAUGAGCUCAAGCUCAUCAUCAUCAUCUACAGCAGAGCGCAUCUCUGAUCACACGCACACAUACACACACAUGCACACACACGGUAGCCUGCUGCAGCCAUAAGAAAACAGAGCCAGAGGAGCACGCAAGAAGACACAUACAGGGAGAGAGGGAGAGAGAGAGGAGGAGAGACCGAGACUGAGGAGAGAGGCAGACAUCUGCAGAUAGAGAUGUCAGGCGUUGUGUUGUCUCUGUGUGUGCUAGUGGUCUUUGUGCUGCUGUGUGAGCUGAGCAGGAGAAUCUUAACCAAGCUACUAGCUCCCAGGGGGCUGUGUCUGUCUGCUGUUUACGCUGUGGAGCUGGUGUCUACGCUGCAGCUGUGUAUCUGCAACCUAGAGCUGCGUCUGUUGGGGGAGGUGGGCCGGCUGCAGCCUCAGUUCUGUCUCAGCCUCACAUACCUGGCAUCUGUGGUCCAUGGCCUCACCUUCCAUGGAGCCCUGGGGAACCCCUGUAGCACGCUGGAACACACCUACCGGGGACGCCUCACUGCCAGGAGCGGCGUGCUGAGGAUGGUGUGCCAGUUCAUGGCAGCUAGCGUGGCUCGUACCAUGCUACAGGGGCUGUGGGCCCUUGGUCUCUCUGACCUGCACCUGAGACACACACUCCAGGGCUUCCAAUGCAUUAGCCCCAUCCACACAGACACAGACACCAGCCUGGUGCUCCCCGGCCCUCUGGUCACCGCAGCAGCCGUGGAGCUGGCAGGGGCCUUUGCCAUGCAGACCGCCUUCACACACACACACACUAUGGACCAGAGGUACCGGGUACAUGCCAUAGCAGCACUCACCGCUACCCUGACCUACGCAGGUGGCAAGAUGACGGGGGCUGUGUUUAACCCUGCGUUGGCCCUCUCCACACAGUUCCCCUGCAGUGGACACUCCUUUCUGGAUUACUGCCUGGUCUACUGGCUGGCUCCUCUACUAGGUAUGAUGUGUUCGGUCCUGUUGUUUGAUCAGAUGUUGUCUGGUAGAGCUUCUCCCUACCGCCCCCUUCUGGCUAACAAGAGGAAAUGACCCUGGGUCAUAUUCAUUAGUGCACACCGUAGCAAAACUGUUUUGCAACAGAAAACAUUUAACAACAAAAACAAGUUUCUUAUUAGCCAAGUUCAGGUAAUUCCUCCCCUUUUCGGUUAGUUUUCUUCUGUUUGGUGUCUACGGCCCUGGACUCACCAUCCAUCCCUAUGAACUGAAGACCCUGAUGCAUAGUGACCUCUUUAGAACUAUGCACAUUCAAACAAAAAAAGACUGUACAGUGCUGCUUGAAAGUAUGUGAACCCCUUGUGUAAUUACAGAUUUUUUCAGUUUUUACCAUGAAAUCUUAAUUUAAUCAGAACCAGUCUUUUUGAUCUGACAUAACAGGUUUACAUUUACCAAUACCAUAUGUUGGUGUAGAGGAAAUCAUGUGGGUAGUAGAACAACAAAAUUAAAAAGGAAUUAGUGCAGGUGCAAAAACAAGUAAACCCCAAGUUGCAUUGGUUAAAUCAAGUAGGUAAGUAGAAUCAGGUGGGUAAAUAAUUAGCUACCAAAUGAACCAAUCAAAGGAGAGAUCGUUAGGAAAGAGUUUGGGUGGGACUCUGAUAAAUAUAGAUAAGAAAUCUAGUUAACUUGGUGUUACCCAUCCAGGUGAAUGCAAAGCACACCAUGCUGAGAGGAAAGGAGAUCUCAGAGGACAUCAGGACGAGGGUAGUGAGAGCACAUCAGUCUGGGGAAGGCUAUAAAAUCAUCUCAAAAAUAUUUGAGAUCCAUCAGUCCACUGUGAGGCAAAUCAUUUACAAAUGGAGAGCAUUUAACAUGACAGCAACUCGGCCUAGAAGUGGACACCCUUCCAAAAUAUCCCCAAGAGCCACAAGAACAAUAAUAAAUCAGGUAAAAGCCAACCCAAACAUAACAUCUAGAGAUUUGCAGACCUCCCUUGCUGCAUCUCAGGUAACUGUGCAUGCUUCAACAAUAAGAAGAACACUGAAUCAAAAUGUCAUUAAUGGGAGGGUUGCUAGGAAGAAGCCUCUGCUGUCAAAAAAUAACCAAACUGCCCAUCUUAACUUUGCCAGAGACCACCUGGACAAACCUGACGGUUUCUAGAAGUCCAUUCUCUGGACCGAUGAGUCCAAAAUUGACCUUUUUGGUCACUAUCAACACUGCUAUGUUUGGUGAAAACCCAACACUGCCUUCCACCAAAAUAACCUUAUCCCAACAGUCAAGCAUGGUGGUGGGCAUGUCAAGAUCUGGGGCUGCUUUUCCUCCUCUGGACCUGGAUGACUUCACAUCUUUAAGAGAAACAUGAAUUCUGAGGUAUACCAGGAGAUUCUUGAACAGAAUGUCAGGCCAUCAGUCAAGGAGCUAAACCUGGGCCAAAAAUGGGUCUUCCAACAAGACAAUGACCCAAAGCAUUCAAGCAAAUCUACCAAAGAAUGGCUCAGGAGAAAG